AUGAGAUUUGCCAUUGAGGAAAUUAAUAACUCAACUGAACUGUUGCCAGGUGUUACUCUGGGCUAUGAUGUUGCUGACAGUUGCUUUGAGGUUGUGGACGUCCAGGCCAUGUUCAGAUUCCUGUCAGCCAAGCAAGGAACAGAAGUGGAGAUAUUAAACAAUUAUACAUCCUACCAGCCCAUAGUGAUUGCUGUUAUUGGGCCAGCUUCAACAGAUAUAGCUAUUACCAUUGCUAGAGUGUUAGGUUUUUUCCUUGUUCCUCAGAUUAGUUACCUGGCAUCUGGUGAGAUUCUGAGUGAUAAAAUGCGUUUCCCAUCAUUUUUCCGUACCAUUCCAAGUGACAAGAAUCAGGUAGAAGCCAUGACUUUACUGAUUCAGGAAUUCCGCUGGAACUGGAUUGCUGUUAUUGGCAAUGAUGAUGAAUAUGGACGCAAAGGGGUCACCAAAGUGGUGGAAAUGGCCUCGGCACUGGGGACCUGCAUUGCAUAUCAGAGUAUCAUCUCCACCUCCCCUGAAAUCAUCACCCAAGUGAUCAACAACAUCAGCAGUACAGUCAAUGUUACUAUCCUCUUUUCCAAUAGGUUUAUAGCACACAUAUUUUUCAGUCUUGUUGUGGCUCAAAACCUUACUUCCAAAGUAUGGAUUGUAAGUGAAGCUAUUUCAUUAUCAGAGGAGAUAGCAAACAUACCAAAAAUCGAGAGUACUGGGACUGUUAUAGGCAUAGCAAUUAAAGAAGGGCAAAUGACACACUUUGAAGAGUUCCUAGAGAAACCUCUGAACCACAUUAAUUCAGGGAUCGUGCCAGUCCUGGGGCUGGGAGAGCGUAUCAAUAGCAGAAGCACCUGUGAUCAAGACUGUAGCAAAUGUCAUUGGCUGAGGGCUAGGCACUUGAACUCUUCAUCAUACGAAGUGGAGAAGAGAAUCUCAUACAAUGUAUACUCAGCUGUAUAUGCUGUUGCCCAUGCGUUACACAAUCUUCUCCAAUGUAACGCAACACAGUGUGAUAAAACACAAAGCAUCCUCCCGUGGCAGCCAGUGUAUGACCUUCAGAGGUACCAGCAGUGA